AUGAUCUUGAAUAUUGAUUUUGAUAUGCUCUGGUUCUAUGAACUGAUUGAUUUGAUUCUGAUAAUUCUUGAUUUGAACCUUGCUGAAGUUGUUCUGUUACCUAACUUGUUGGCAUUGAACUUGAGCAACAACAAACUAGAAGGAAGUAUCUCCUCUGACUUUAAGUCAUUUGGAGCUCUUUAUUCUCUUGAUCUUAGUGGGAAUUUGUUGAAUGGAACAAUACCAAGAGUCAAGCUUAACUUUGGUUAUGUUAUUGGUUCUGCUUCUUAUCUUUGGAGUAUUAGCACUUACACUUUGUGUGAUUGGUGUUUCAAAGAAAUGCAACCAGAAGAACAAUUUUUCAUAUGGAGUCAUGAUGGAAAAAUGGCAUUUGAAACCAUCAUUAAAGCUGCCAAUAAUUUUGAUGACAAAUAUCUCAUUGGCAUUGGAGGGCAAAGAUCUGUUUACAAGGCUGAGUUGCCUUUAGGUAUGGUUGUUGCUGUGGAACAAACUUCACAUGGAAUCAAAUGCGGAUGA